GGCGCGCUUCGCUGUUUGAAAACUCAUAACGUUUUUUUUUUUUCAUGGAAAAGUUUAAUCCUAAAGCUGUCUGUGUCAUGUGUGCACUCGUUACGGAAGGGUGUCAUUUUAUAUAGUUUUAUAACGUUAGCAUAACUCUUAUAACGGUUUUCUUGUGUCAAUGGCAAGCAAGAAGUUACGGAGGACGGGGUCUCAACGGCUCUGCGAGCGACUCAAGCGCCAUCAGCUGGAAACCUGCCAGGAUGUCCUGUCCACCACACCCGUGGAGCUCAUGCGCCUGGCUGGACUCAGCUACCCCGCGGCUCUGGAUCUCCUGCAGCUGCUCAGUAAAGCCUGCGCACCGGCUGUGAGCAGCGCAUGGGAUUUGUGGAGGAAGAAGGGAGAGCUGUGUUUCUCCACAUCACUUCCUGCCCUGGACAGACUGCUGCGUGGAGGACUGCCACGGGGUGCUCUCACUGAGGUGACUGGCCCGUCAGGCUGUGGAAAGACUCAGUUGUGUAUAAUGCUCAGUGUUUUGGCUACACUGCCGAGGAGUAUGGGAGGUCUGGACAGUGGGGUCAUCUUCAUCGACACAGAGUCGGCAUUCUCUGCUGAAAGGUUGGUGGAAAUGGCACAGGCCAGAUUCCCAGAAUUCUUCUCGGUGAAGGAGCGUCUGCUGGAGAUGGCGUCUCGUGUUCAUCUCUUCAGGGAACUGACCUGUCAAGAUGUCCUGAAUAGGCUGGAGCAUCUGGAGGAAGACAUAAUUGCGUGUCGAGCGGGGCUUGUUAUUUUGGAUUCUGUGGCUUCUGUUGUGAGGAAGGAGUUUGACACGUCGCUGCCGGGAAAUCUAACGUUCAGGAGUAACUUACUGGGCCAGGAAGCCGGCGUACUGAAGUACCUCUCGCAGGCCUUCUGCAUCCCAGUGGUUUUAACUAACCAGAUCACCACACAUGUGAGCGAGAAGGUUCACUGUGCUCAGUGGAAUCAGGCAGAUGUAUCUAAGGAGGAGGACUCAGGUUUUGUGACAGCGGCGCUGGGAAACACAUGGAGUCACAGUGUUAACACACGCCUCAUCGUCCAGUACGAGGACACAGAACGGAGACAGAUUGUCAUAGCCAAGUCACCUGUGGCCCCUUUUGCCAUGCUGAGCUACACCGUUCAGAAGGAGGGCAUCCGUCUUGAGGGGAACGAAAACCCAGAAAGUGUUUUAAACCAAGGAACAGAUCCGGGGCUUCAGCCAAUCAGAGUACAAGCCAUGGUUAAACAUUGCAGGAACAUGUGGUGGACAGACACAAAGCAGACAGAUUGGACUUUGUAGAACAUUACCUUAGUUUUCAUCCAGUUAGAAAACUGCAACAUCAGUCAGCUAUUGAUUGACAGACGUAUUUUUCCUCUCGCUGCUCGUGUGAUAAGACAGGAGUCUUGGACAAACGCUUCUUGACCCUGACUGGCCGUUGCCAUGGCUUCUAUUCCCAUGACUCCUGUUCCCAUGGUUCCUCUGCCUUAAAGGGAAGUUUGUCUGAUUAGAUGAACAAUGGUGUUAUUUUGGGUGGUUCCUCCUUUUUUGCCUUGUUUUGCUUUUGGUUGUAUAUGUGCACAGAUACGCAUUGACACAUUCUUUGUAUUUAAUUUUAUGACCUGUUCCUUCCUAAUACAGCUUUUAUAAAGUUCCAACAUAAAUAAAUGCAAACUCAAGGUCUUCCAAACUCUUAAUUAUUUUGAUUUCAUUAGCAGAUUCUGCUCACAGUGCAGACGGCGGUGACAUCUUUAGCUCUCGGCCAGCAGAUAAAGUCAGUUGUGACAGCCAAACACGCAAUGCUGAGUAGGUGUUCUUUCUGUCUAUCUUUUUGUUUUAUCCUCUUUCUGUAUAUCUCUCCUCCCUUCCCCCCGUAAGCGGGCUGAGAGUUGACAUGUUUUGACAGAUCUUUUAAUGGUUGACCUGUGGCGAUAUCGCUGCCUGUAGCGAAUGGAGGAAAAAACUCUUUCCUUCCAAAGAAACUCCUUCCUCCCCUGCAAACCAGAAGGCAAAAAUCAGAGUAGAGAGUCAUGAGAUCCUGACGUGGGUGCAAAGUCCACAGUAAUCAGUGCUCAUCCAAACCAGCCACACAAAAAGAUCAUGCACACAUCUGCUUGAUGUCGAAUAUCAGUAGAUUUCAAUUAGCCUUGAAUCUUUUUUUUUUUUUUUUUUUUUUUUUUUUUUUUUUUUUUUGGAUUGAUGAAAUUGGAUGCUUUUGACCUCAAGUCAGUUCUGUUCAGAACCUUUUGUUUUGUUCUGCUUUCAAAGUCUUAUUUAGUUAUUGCACUGACUUGAGGUUAAACCAACAACCACACGUUCCCUAAUCUUGAAACUCCCCGAAAUGCCCCUUUUAGUGCAAAUAGUUUCAAUCUUCUGAUACUGUGAACUCGAGAGCAGAGCUCUUUUUGAUUAUUCAUUGCCCUCUGAAACACUCAACAAAAAAAGAGCUGAUAGAGGAAUUACAAAGUCUAAGCGAGUAUUGCUCAACUGCGACUUUGGCCUUAUUUCUCAUGUCUGUUCUUAAAGGCAUAGUGACCCACAGCCCUGGUGCGAAUGGGCACGGACUGUCAAGUGUGUGUUCUAGAAAGAGUAACUAACAAUUACAGCACUUUUCCCAAAAAUGACAAGCACUUGAUUGCUGUUAUGCUUUGCUAUGUAAUGUUUUAAAGGUUUGCCUCACAUAAAAAAAUUAUAUUAUGUCAUUGUUAACUUCCUCAUGAAAAAGACCCAAUGACAAUUAUAUACAGUAAAAAUAAAUUAUAUAAUUUUCUGACUAGUCUUCAGUAAGCAGCAUGAACAAUUUUAAAAGAUUCUUUGAUAAUUGGAAAAUUAAACAGCAUUUAUUUAAAAUAUAUGCAAUUUUGUAACAAUCUAAAAGUCUUUACUGUUACUUUACAUCCAUUUAAUAGAAUUCAUUUAUUUUUGAAAAUCUUUCUGACCCCACACUUUUAAACCAUAAUGUAAUAUCUAAUUUUAUUAUAUCUAAUAUGAUUAGUAAAUGACAACAGGAUUUUCCAUUUUGGGUAACUAUUUCUUUAAAGACCAAAGGCUAAAGCAGUGAAACUGCUGAACUUUGUACUACACAUAUGGUCAUCUGGCUCCUAUCUGCUAUGAUUGUAUUCAUGAUCACAGCUUUCCUCAGGAAUUCUCUCUCAAAAGAGAAAUUAAACUAAAACCAAGCAAAGACUGACAGUGCUCGCAGAGCAUGGAUGCUUGUUCGGUGACGUAGGAAGCAAACAUGCACUAUAGACUGCUAGUCCCAGCACAAGACCCCUCCUGACUGUUACUACAGUAACAAACUGUCUGUUCUCAAGGGGCCUGUGCUUUCUAUCUAGUAGUCCCGUCAUUGCCAGUACUUUUGAAUGAGAUUCAAAAAGCCAUAGACAUCCGUGCCAGGAAAAGACAUAGUUCAGGGGCUUUUCACAUCCUUACUACUGGGCCGGGACAGAAUUUUGAUUUCCUGUGUUUGAGCACUUUUCCAGGAAAACAGUUUGAGCUGUUUAGCUGGUUCAUUAACAGCCCCACGUUUCAUAGCGUUCAGCUGUAUUGGGAUCAGUGUGGAAUGCAAGUUUGUGGAGGAAUAAGAAUUUAUCCAGAGAGAAUGUCAAAAUAUGGCAUGAAAUAAUAAGCACAGCUGUUUGAAUUAGAGUUGAGUAUCAGAGCCAGUGGCCUUGCUAUGAUGAACUAAAGAAAACAACUUUUUGAAACCGUUUUGAGGCAGAAAAAAAGACAAGGUCAGUUUGCUUAUAAAUAGGUAUUUUAUUGAUUUAAACUGCAAUCUGUCGUUACAAAAGAAACAUAUUGAUGUGAACAGCAGUAGCUGCUAACAUAGGACACAUUCGACUGUAGCUCGCUCAAUGUCAAUCCUGUUAACCUCGAAUUUCAACUAAAAUCUAUAUAACGACUCUGGAUUACAAUCCUAAAAAGGUUCAAGACUCUUGGAAUGUACUGUUAGGCACUUAGCAAGUAGAAGUGGUCCAAAAUCUGUAAAUAAAUAAGAAUUUUGAGUCAUAACAAAUCAAAACAACACAUGCUUGCUGGUAUACAUAACAUGGUUUCAAAAUGGGCAAAAUAGAUAACACAAAUGCAUAUUUAACAAUUCCCUUAUUAACCGUCCAUUUAGAUCGAAAUGCUGCUGCGAUCAGAGGUUCGGACCACUGCAAGGGUCAUGAGAUUUGCACUAUGAUGCAUUUAUUGAUUAUGAUUUGUUCAUACCAAAAGGAGUCUUAAUGAGAGGAUCCCAGUCUAAACAUCAGAUUUCUAAAAUCACAGGCACAGGACUGUUAUUGUCAAGACAACUCGGUUUACAUUCUAGACGGUCGGAGCCAAAUAAUAAAGGAUUAUAAAGGCAUAAACAUCCUGAAACUGCAGUCCAACAUUAGGGAGAAAAAUAAUAAAUAAAAUGCAAAACAAUCCUCUUUGCAUUCUCAUUUUAAAUUAAGUUUCACUUUAAAAAUAAAUCAAAAUGUAGUUACAAAAUGUCAUUGCAGUAUAAUAUAUUAACUGUUGAAACUUA